AGACCCUACCGAACCCGCCAAAUCCCCGCGCAUCUGACAUCCACGCGCCUCAGCUCCUUCACAUACGGCCCUUGGCGCAGACGCCCUCGCAAAAUGCUUCCUCUCGGUCUAUUGACCGCCGCCCAAGGCCAUGCCAUGCUCGUGGAGCUGAAGAAUGGCGAAACCCUCAACGGCCACCUCGUCAGCUGCGACACCUGGAUGAACCUGACCCUAAAGGAGGUUGUGCAGACUAGCUCGGACGGAGACAAGUUCUUCAGGAUUGCUGAAGUAUACGUGCGCGGAAACAACAUCAAAUACAUGCGCGUUGCAGACGAGAUCGUCGACAUUGUGAAGGAACAGCAGGCGAAGGACCAGGCGGCGCGCGCAGCCCGCACCGGGCAAGACCAGAGGGGCGGACACGGUGGCAGAGGCGACCGUGGACGAGGAAUGGGUCGUGGUGGCCGUGGACGCGGCCGUGGCAGAGGCGGGUCGUGAGAGCCGACGACACGGAGGAAGAAUGCUCCAUCACGGCCUCUUCAGAUGCGGAAAGCACACGCCCUCAGGAGCAAAAUUCAUGGCUGUCACUAUACCUAUUGCCUGCGCUGCACAGUCGCUCAGGCGGGCGUUAUUUGGAAGAGGAUUGUGGUUCGCAAAGAGAACCGCAAUGGAUUGAUCUGCGAGUAUGGCCAAUAACCACACGGGUUACAGUGCAUAUCCUUGGGCAAUGGUACUUAGGUAAAAGCCGAGUAUGUAAGUGAGGUAACAGUGCAAGACCACCAAGUCGGCUUUUCAGUUCCUCAUGAGCAAUCAAAAAUUCCAUCUCAGUCAUUGAGCUUGAAAGUCUCACUUUUCUCAAUCUUUCCAGUGU